AUGUUUUGGUCCCACUUCUUGUUUUGUGCCUACCCACUUACACGUCGAUUCAAUGUUUUCGCAAUUGGUCUAUGCGUUGUUUUUCCUCGAGUAUGUGAUCAGCUGUUUUGUAUUCGGCAUCCAAUAUUUCCGACAACAAAUUCAACCACUACACAUACUAUGAUUGUUCUGGAAGCAUAUUUUCUACAACAGCGCAUUUUUCCCUUCUGA